GGAAAUCGGUGUUUUCCUUUCAUCGAGGUGCCUUUGUUAAUUGAACUGGAUACAUUUUAACCUUUAUGUUUUGGAUUAUCGCGUGCCUCGGAUUCGCCAGCUUCGCUCUGGAGGUUUCACUGGCUCGCGUGCCAGCCAGCUGAGUUUUCCCUGCCAAACAUUACCCUAACUGCUUUCGAGUGUGCGUCGUUCUAACAGCGGCGACCCGACUCGAGUCCAGAAACUUCCAAAGUCUAGUUUUUCCUCCUGUCAGCUUCUUGGCGUAGUGACAGGAGCGUCGGCAAUUUCGACCUCCAAGAUACGGAACCUGGAAGGCUUAUCAAGGGCAAAAAGAAAAGCGGCUCAUGGCGGGGACUUCUGCAAGCCGCGAGGACAGCCAGUCUCCCGCUGUUCGACAGAGAGUGGGCAGCGCUUCUGGAGGCAAAAGUGUCCAAGCGGCGUCAGAUUCUGACCUUUCUCAUGAACAAAAAUGGGCGCGGGAGUUGAAAGUUUUCCUCUACGUGCCAAACAUCAUUGGAUACGUUCGCAUCGCGCUGCUGUUGGCCGCUGCAUUCGCAUGGCGAGAAGCGUACACUUCUCUUUUCUUUGUUUCUUAUGUUACAUCGCAAUGCCUGGACGCAGUCGAUGGCGCUGCCGCACGCCGUCUGGGCCAAGUUUCCAUUGUCGGCGCCUGUCUCGACCAAGUUGUCGACCGGCUUUCAACAUGUCUACUGUAUGUUCUGAACGCCUCGGUCUACCCUGACUUUGCUUUCGCGUUUUUCAUCGCGCUUUUUCUGGACAUGGGUGGCCACUGGGUCCACUUCUUCGCCGCGGCUGUCGUUGGCGCAAAGUCUCACAAAACGAUGGAUCCGGAAGUGAAUGCCAUUCUCUCCGUCUACUACCGUUCUCGCCCGGUCAUGUUUUCGGCGAUCGUGGGCUUCGAGGGGUUCUUCAUGUGCCUUCUUCUUUUGGCAUCGCCGGUCUUCCAGGCUUCAGCUGCCUCGCUGUCCUCAGCCCUCCUCGUCAUUGUCUACGUCACUUCUCCCCUGAUGAUCUUCAAGACGCUGACGAAUCUCCUCCAAGGACUGUACGGAGCCAGGCGCUUGGUUGCGUGCGACAUUUUUGGUGCGCCCUCGUCGUAAGGUCGCUUUCCUCGUGAAGAGAAGAAGCCUUUGAGGCAAGACUGUUUUUCACGGGCCUCUGGGGAGACCUACCCUGAGAGCAGCCACAAGUUCUCAGGUUUUAGGAUUCUCCUGAUGCUCCCGAGUCUCUCUGGACGAGUGCGGCUACAGAAAACUGCAUGCGCGGCGUUCUAGAGGGUCUUUUAUCCGAGCUGUCGCUGUCCUGACACGCCCCCAUUUUGCUUGGCAGAGAGCAUGGCCCCCCUGCUUUGGUUGUGCACAUUCGGUGAUCUUAUGAGUUCGAAUGGGUACAACGCAAAUUGAAUAAACAGAGACAUUAUAGCACUUAGGAUACGAAAGGAGACUCCAGGGGAUCCAACGAUUCGAGAUCGAGAAAGGAACGAACAGACGAAUAGAACGGAAUCGCAAACUCCACGUUGCUGCGGAUGUCGCGAUGAUGCUCAGAAGCGUUGGGGUGUCAGCUACGGUGGUGCGUGCUUGUGUGACGGCAUGAGGAGUUUUCCAAGCAGUCUGACAUGUCUUUCCUGAAGUAAAAUACUGUUGCCAUGUCUGCGACAACAUGGUUCCAUGCUUUUUUUCGUUGCCAGGAUGAGAGACGCACCAUGUGCGCCCCGCGUGCAUGCACAAACUGUGUGCGGAUGGAAGGGCUCUCAGUGGCUCAACAAGUGCCAUAUGGGGUCACAAAGAGCUGAGUGGUGUGAGAGCUGGAACGCGGAAAGGAUACACGUCUCUUUGCCUAUGCCGUUUUUUAGUGUGAAUCAAUGUCCGUUCCUAACGACUUGCAAAAGUGUCAUUCUUCUUUAAACAUGCGUAGCUAAUCACUCCACCG